AUGACAUCAAAGUUAAUAAAUGUUCAACUAAAAGACGAUGGAAUAGUUCUUGUAUUUGACGAGCUCCAAAGAAAGCUUGAUUACUUUGAUACACAAUGGGCUGAGAGUCAAAGAAAGAACCUGGAAAUGCAAGAAAAAAUUGUUAGUCUUGAAAAAGAAAUAACAAACCAAAACGUAAUUCUUAAAAGUGUAAUGAUAUUAUCAAAAGAAGUUACCGAGAUUAGAGACUUAGUUAAUAAGUUAAAUGAAGAAGAUAUUCAGAAAGAAAAAAAGAUUAAACAAUUGCAAGAACAACUUGAAAUAAAAACUAAAGAGCUUAGCCAAAUAAAAGUUGAUAAUGAAAAUAAAGGAAAGGAAAUUGAACAGAUAAAAAGUCUAAAUGAAAAAAUUCUUAAUAAUAAAGAUAUUGUUGAAGAGAAACAAAAACAUCUAGAACUCGAAAGUCAAAAAUUAAAUGGUAUUUCAAUUAACAAUAUACCUCAUACAAUUAAGUGUUUAAUUUGUCAAGAAUUAAUAGAUAUUGAUUCAGUAAUUUCUCAUAUUGUUGAACACAUCAACAGAGGAGAUAAUAAUAUUAAAUCUUUGAAUAAUGGAAUUCAGAUUCCUCCAGUAAUUAAUAAAUCAACAAGUAUUAAUCAAACAAGUACUUCUCAUCCCCAACCAAUAGUUUCAUCUUCAUUGUCUACAACUCCUGCUACAGAAAAAUUACCUGUUGAUUCAAAAAAUAUUGAAAUUAAACCAAUAAGUUCAAAACAAGUUGAAACUAAACCAGUAGAAACAAAUCCAGUUGAAAUUAAACCAAUAACUCCAAGUCCAGUUGAAAUUAAACCAAUAACUCCAAGUCCAGUUGAAGUUAAACAAGUAGAAACAAAUCCAACUGAAAUUAAACCAAUAAUAACACCAAAACAAAUGGAAAUUAAACCAAUAAUAACACCAAAACAAAUGGAAAUUAAACCAAUAAUAACACCAAUUGAAGUUAAACCAAUAACCACCCCAAGUUCAGUUGAAACAAAGCCUAGUGAAACUAAACAACCAAGUAAUGAGUUAUCAGAAUGUCCUGUUUGUUCUAAGAAAUUUCCUAUUAACCAAAUAGAGAGUCACGUGAAUAAACAUUUCUGUACAGAAGAAGAACCAACUUUUGCUUGUCCUUUUUGUGGAACAGAUAUGGGUAAUUCUAGUAAACUCCAAAAACAUGUUUCCCAAGUUCAUUCACGUGAAAUUAAGUAA